AUGCGCAAAAAGCCCGGAAGAAAGCCAAACCCCGCUUCUCCAGCUCUCCGCAAAGCCCAAAACAGGGCGGCCCAGCGGGCAUUUCGAGAACGCAAAGAACGACACCUCAAAGACCUCGAGACCACCAUCCGCGGUCUCCGUGAACAGCGGAACCACGCAGUCCAGGAGCUCACGUCAAUGAAAACCAAGUUAGAUUCCUUUAGAGCGGAGAACUGGUAUCUCAAG